GCAGAUUCAGGAGAAUCCGGAACUGUAGAAGGACUUGUGCUGAUCGUUUAAUCGAAAGUAAAAAUGUCCACAGUGGAGUUUCUGAUCAACUUUGUCAACGAGCGGCUGUCUGCUGCCGUGGAUGAAAUUUUCACGGUGUUUGAAAACACGAUCGUCAAGUACGAGCAGGACAUCGAGCGGCAGCGCAGGCUGCUGGAGAGCUUCUGGAAGCCGGAGAUCAAGCUGCACAGGAUCGACCACCCACAGCUCCACGUCACUGCAGCAGAGAAGCUUCUUCCUAAAAAGCGUCUCUGUAACCAGGAGAGGAACUGCAGCCUGAACCAGGAGGAACCAGGGCCUCCUCAUGUUAAACAAAAACACAAGAAACUGUUGUCCAAUCAGCAAGAACCAAAGCGUCCACAGAUCAAAGAACAGCACAAACUCAGGAGGGAGGGAGUGCAGUCGGCACUGAAGCGUCACGCCGAGAGCUUGGUGGUGACUCCUGUUUAUGAGGAACAUAGAGAACAGGAACCAAACGAUGGCCAGAUUCUCUUUCACAGCUCCCCAAACUGGAGGCUGAUAGGAAGCAAGCACGUGAGGUCAGGAUCAGCCGCAAACGUGCACGAGAAACAAAGAAGGAAGCGCAGAAGAAAGGCCAAUAAAAGAAACUGUAGAAAACUGUCACACAUCCAGGAGUCAGCAUAAAAAAGUCUGCAAAAUGUGAAGUGGGUAAAAAAAAGCUUUAUGAAAAAGUCCCAAAUGCUGAAGCUUCCCAGGAUCCGCACACGUGAAGCUGCACACGUGAAGCUGCACACGUGAAGCUGCACACGUGAAGCUGCACACGUGAAGCUGCACA